AUGGUGCCCACGCUUGUGAGAUUAUAUAUUCGGCGUCAAACAUUCUGUCCAUCUCAGAAUCAGGCACUCUGUGAAACUUGGCAUGAGGUGGCCGACCAACUGUUGAUCGACAUCUUGUCUCAGAGCUACACAGAAUAAAGACAAUGUACUUUAUUUUUCCUCUCUCUAUCUCUAUCUCUCUAUCUCUCUAUCUCUCUAUCUCUCUCUCUCUCUCUCUCUCUCUCUCUCUCUCUCUCUCUCUCUCUCUCUCUCUCUCUCUCUCUCUCUCUCUCUCUCUCUCUCUCUCUCUCUCUCUCUCUCUCUCUCUCUCUCCUCUUUUCUUUUUCUCACCUUCCUUCCCUGUCUCUCUAUUCCUCCCAUCCUCCCACUAUCCCCUUCCUAACCAGGUGGUGAAGAUGAUGAUCAUUGUGGUGGUGACCUUCGCCCUCUGCUGGCUGCCAUACCAUGUCUACUUCAUUGUGACGGGCCUCAACAAGGCUCUGAUGAGGUGGAAGUCCAUCCAGCAGGUCUACCUGUCAGUGCUGUGGCUGGCCAUGAGCUCCACCAUGUAUAACCCUAUCAUCUACUGCUGCCUCAACAGCAGGUAGGAUCCAGCACCUUGGUGCUGUUCAGUAGGAACCAAAACAUAAGAUGAAGAUAAGCCUUUCCCAUAAAUAAUUUAGAUGUUCUGUUCAAAAAUGUUUUCUUCUUUGUGCCUACUGAACACAACCUAGGCAACCACUGGCUAGAUAAAUAAGACCAGAUGAGAAAACUACCAGUGUACCUUCUUUAGAAUUCAUUAGCCACCUCUCAAAUGUGAAAUAUAUCUGACCAUGCACUCAUUGUAUGUCUGUCUGGUUUGGGUUGUGGUUUGGAUACAGGUUCCGGGCGGGCUUCAAGCGGGCGUUCUGUUGGUGCCCGUUCGUCCGGGUAUCCAGCUAUGACGAGCAGGAGUUGCGCAACAACAACACCCGCCACCGAUCCGGCCACCAGGGUAGCAUGUGCACCCUCUCCCGCGUGAACACCAGGACCAACAGCAUCAAAAAGGCCGUCUCCAGCUGCCGUGGCAAUGCCGGUGUUAACGGAGAUAACAAUGGUAACCAUGGCAACCUACAGGCGGUAGCUAAGUCCAACCUUUACAGUGACCCCGAUGAUGUGGCCGACAAUCAGUUCUCCUGA